AUGACAUCAAACAACCAGCCACAUCCAUCAGAGGAUUCAACCCCACCUAUUGAACACUCUUCAUCCCCAAGUCCAACACCCAACAAUCCUGAUGGUAACAAAGACACACCAGACCGGCGACCAUCACCCCUCUCAUUCCUGCGCAGCCUGAAGGAUGGAGACCCUCUUGGGUUAUACGAUAACUCAGAUCACUCAGACAAUGGAAUAGAUCUUAAUAGCCUGCGACUGGCGUUUGAAGCACUUGAAGACGAACAGGAGGAUGACGGGUCUGAACUUGGUUCUACUGACAAUGAAACUGUGGACAAUCUGCAUGAUGAGCCUGGCGCAUGGUAUCCCUUUAAAAGAAAAGAAGUGAGUGUUGUUGCCCCCCUGUUUCACAUUGAGGAAAAAGGCUUGUGCCUAACCUACUUAAUAGCAUGUGGCCGGACUCCUCAUCAUUGGCAAUCCCCAAAAUCUUCUUUUGCAGGCCAACUACCAUCUAAUACGAGCAAUUAUGAAGAUCUGCGACCUCAACCUUCUACACUGGAACUCAUUGAGUGA